AUCAAAUCUACUACCGUUCUAACUAAAGGCAAGUGUUCGUGCCUAUUGCUCUUCGUUUCUCCCGUUCCUCUGCACAAUACUUGCAUCAUCGUGGUGUACCAAGCUAGAAACCACAGCCUCAAGUGCACCGCAAAUUGAAUUAUGGGUCACAUAAAGGACCUUGCAUCCUUCGCAUCGGCAUGCCCAAAAUGCGCCUCAUAUUGUCCCAAGAAGGCGUCUGCAAUACGGUUAUGACCAACGAAGAUGGUCAGGCCCUCUACAAGACUUCCACGCCCUUCCGUUUCGGAAAGCGGACGACCACGCUUUACAAGGUCGUUCCAAAUGAGAAUCCAGAAGACAUGCAAGAUAAUUUCGAGAUCAUCGGCGAGAUAGAGUGGCAUGCAAUCAGCUCAUCUACGCUACGACUCCACAGGGAAGAAAUGAAGACGAAGGACUUUAUGCCACGUCAUGGAUUGUGGAGGAACAAACGCACGUUUACAGGGCCCGAUGGUCGGUCGUACAGAUGGAAUUCGGAACUCUCGGUAGUCCAUUUACCCAGAGAUGACGAGACUUGCCGAGAAUUAGCCAGGUCACAUCGACGAGAGUGGGGCAUCACAGGUGCAAAACGGGAUCCCUAUCUCGAGGUCGAUGAAGAACUCGGACAUAUGCUCGACAUCGUCGUGCUCACUUUUAUAUAUGUAGAGAAACAGCGAAUGGAUGACGAAACAGCAGUCCACGCUAGCGCGUAAGAAGUUACGAGUCCUUGCCUUCAUCAAAGUCGUUCACAUCUAUAUGAACGAAAAGAAGAAAAACUAUACGUACAAGCCCACCACAUAUUCUCCCACGCCUCACCGAAGUGAGCAGGGGUACUUGUCAUCAUCUCCUUCCCAGCUUUUCCCACCAUUCCCUGUCCAUUCUUAGCUUUUCCAUGUAAAUAAACGUGAGGAUGACUAAAUCCAGCAUGUGUUCCACCUCCUGUGAGAUCUCCAGGCAUGCUUUGGUACUCUCUACGCCAAGUAUGUUGAAGGAUCCAAAUGUUGAGCGACGGUAACGAGCCACUUCCCUGCGACUCGGACCAUCCAAAGAGAGAACGACAAUGCGGCGAUGCAUGU